CAGGAGUACGCGCGGGCUUUGCGAGAGUACCAGGAGGCCCAGGCGAUCCACGACUCCUGGCGCGCGCAGAUCGGCGACACCGUCAUCAAGCGCACGCUGCCCUGCUUCAAGCAGCUGCAGCAGCACCAGCUGACGCUGGCCUCGGAGCAGAACCGCAUUAACUCGCUCACCGAGCGCGCCAAGCAGGCGAAGCUGCAGUACGGCAAUGUGCUGCGGGAGCUGGAUCGAAUCAAUGUGGCUGUUCACGCUGCACGAAAGGGUAGCUCGGCGCCUAAGGUCACCGAGGCGGCGGCGCCGCCCGAGGCUGUGACCGCCAAGGCGGCCGAGGUCGCCGAGCCGGCCGAGCUUGUCUCCGUGCAGGCGCCCUCGGGCCGGCUGGCCG